AAUACGUUAAUAGCGGGUAUUACGAGGAUUAGUUUCGGCCUAGGUAAGGAAAUCGUCGCCCUAAGUAUAAUAAAAAUAGAGACGCACUUUAAAACGAUAACUUUCUAUAUUUUACCCGUUAAUACCCUAUUUCUCUUAUAUCUAAAAGAUAUAGAUUAA